GUCGUUGUCACCGAUUUAGAUAAUUUUCGCCCUUCUACAUACAUAGAUACAUACAUAAGGAAUGGCGUGGUUGCAAAAAUUCGCCUUAAUUGCCUUGUCUCUAAUUUCUAUUCCACCGUUAAACGCGUCAACCUUGGAGGACUUGAUUCGAAACGGGACACGGUUGGAAUGGACAUAUCUCCGCGACGGGGUCCGAUACUACAUGACCCCGGACCUCACGGCGGAUAAAAUCGACUCUACCCGACAACGGUUUAUCGUCUCUUACUCGAUCUAUCCACCAUUUCCUACGACUCCUCCACCCACAACGACCAAUCCUUCCAUGUCAACCAGUCCGACAACGUCGACCACACCCACGAUCCCAACCACUCCAGAUGAGAACCAUAUUCCAAACGGAUCCUUCUCGCUUCGUAUCGGUAAACGUGGGAACCCUUUCGAAAAGUUCCCGUCCCGCCGAGUACCUCUUCCUUAUCCCCCUGGAAGGUUCGGACAAUGAGUUUCACCUGUACUUUAAUAACCAGUCCUUCGUUACCCCGAGAACCCGGCGGCCAUUUGAUUUCUUCCUCGGUUCAUAUUUCCCGGCCGAGACGGCUGCUAUCUUCUCUCUGCAACCGUACCAGUUCCACUUGAAUUCAUCGUAUCGGGGUGAACGAUCCCACAUUUUACCCACUCUGGAGGAAAUCGCCACCCUGGAAACAGAGUCCAACCGUGUCUCCGCCUACACCCAGUUGAUCACUCGUAUGCAUGCCCUCGACCAUGUCAAGGGGAGAGAUAUUUUCAACGUGGCGGCCCACAUGGCGGCCACCUUACCCGCGAAUCAUGCCGUAUUUUACGCCCUUCCUGACCCCGCCAGAUUCAUUUUCACGAGAAAUGUAGCCCUCACUUUUGAACAUCCCGAUGGAGCUUUGUACCCCAUGAAAUAUUUUUGGGGGUCUGACUUGCACCAGGGGUUCGAACCCUAUUCCAUCCUGCCCACCAGUAUUUCGCCAAACUGGCCGCUGACAAAUAUAUCGGUGGCAAUAAUUUAUGGCAAUAGGAGCCUUCAGCAGCAUCGGAUCUUUGUCAAUCCGACCAACAGGCAGGUAACACAGGAAAUUUUGGGGCAAAAUUUACCCAAAGAUUUUACCCUCCAUUUGGGCGAUGAUUUAUUCACGGUGACAAUUUCUUGGAACGACGGGAUGGGCUGGAUUGGCACGCAAGAUGUAGAACCAGACUUUUACUUUGACGCAAACAAGCCAAUCGGGGAGGCGGCCAGGUUUAAAAUUGUGGAGUUUUGAGUGGAAAAUGUAAAAUUGUCCGAAUAAAACAUUAAUAUUAUCGCAAAACAA